UGAAACAACCACAGGUUAUUAUACCCGCUAACGCAUGAUUUUAAAAUUACAUCUUCAGUCCCUUCGGAAAUUUAUGCUCGAGGUCCUGAAGCUGUUAAGGCAUAUAACAAAGCCUUAACGGGGGGAAAGGCCUGCAUCAAGAGAAUACCAGUAAUGUUGAUCGGACAGGAGCGGACAGGAAAAACUAGUCUCAAAAAGUCCUUAAAAGGAGAAAAUUUCAAUGAAAAAGAGGAAAGCACAGUCGGAAUAGACACUGACUCUUUAUACUUUAAAGUAUCAAAAGAGAUUUGGAAAAGCGGAAAGGUGAAGGAAGAAGUAGAAUUUGAGCCAGAAGAUCAAUUUGAACACCUUGCAGCAGCGAAAGUGAUCAGUGAAUUUUUAAGGAAACAAAGGGAAAAUUUAACGGGGUUUCGGCAAAAGUCAGAUUCUGACUCAGAGUCAGAUUCAGAGUCUGAGUUAGAGUCUCAUGAUGGAUCAAGCACAAACAUUUCUCGUUAUGGCUCAACUAAGCCCUCAAGAAAUAUCGAAUCUUUACACGGAAAAUUGCCCGAGGAAGUAGCCAGGCUGGUUGAAAAAAUGCUUCAAGAGGAGGAAAAUGCAAACCAUGAAGACUACAUCUACUCAGUUCUAUGGGAUUUUGGCGGACAGUCAGUGUACUACGAAACCCAUCCAAUCUUCCUCACGGAGAAAGCUAUCUACAUUUUGGUGUCUGACUUGAGUCGUGAUCCAGACAAGAAUGCCAUCCCGCCUGUCAAAACAGGACUUUUCGAGGACAAAGUGGACAGUGACUGCAGUAAAACAAACCUUGAUUAUCUGGACUUUUGGAUGUCAUCAAUUUAUUCCUUGGUAAGUUCAGAUGUUCGAAGCUCUCAAGAGACUGCUCCGAAUGUUGUGCCACGGAGGCUUCCCCCAGUAUUCCUGGUAUGCACCCAUGCUGACGUGCCGUUUGAUGGAUCUAACGCAAGAGACCUUGCUUUAAAAACGUACGGCUUUCUGCAGCACAAGACCUACAAGGAACAUCUGUAUAAAGAUGUUUUCGUCGUGGAUAAUACAAAGUCUGGCAGUGAAGAAGAAUGUACUGAGGUUAAACGGCUGAGAGAAGAGGUGCUUGCUGUUGCGAAGGAGCUGCAACUGACGAAAGAAGAAAUUCCGGUGAAGUGGUUGAGGUAUGAAAACAAGCUUCGCAAAAAGCAUGACAAGUGGAUAACACGUGAAGAAGCCAAGUGGAUUGCAUUUGAAGACUGCGGAAUCCAAGAAGAUGAUGAGUUUUCCACUUUGUUGAACUUUUUGCAUGAUCAGAGAAUUGUGAUUCAUUUUAGUGGCUCUCCAGAGUUGGAAAGGAUGGUGAUAUUAGAUCCUCAGUGGCUUGUUGAUGUCCUCAAAAGCGUAAUCACUGUAAGACGUUUUAAACACACGGAGCAUCCUGUCAAAGACCUGUGGAUACAACUUGAAGAAACCGGAAUCUUGGAUGAAAAGCUCAUUGACCAUGCUUGGAGAGACUUGCUCGACAACCAAGAAAGUCACAAGAGCCUCAUUGCCAUCAUGGAGAGAUUAAGCUUGAUUUCCCCCUGGCCGUCAUCUAAAGACAGCAAGCAGUACCUUGUACCGUCCAUGUUGAUGUCACCCCCAACAGAUGACGUCCUACAGCUUCUCGACUCUGUAAACGUUCCAUCUCUUUUUGUAACAUUUGCAUCAGGUCGAGUGCCUCCUGGUCUAUUCUCCCGACUUAUCCUUCAUUUCCUCCAGUGGUGUGGUGAAGAAUGGAAGAGCAAAGUGAACCCAGAGUUGUUUCAUAAUUUUUCCAUGUUUCACAUUCUUCCAGACCAAGGUAUCUCCGUUAUUUUUUGGUGCCAUUCCACAGCCAUUGAAGUCGCCGUUUACAGCGGAGGCAAUGACGAGAAAAGAGCCGAUAUCUCCCGUGCUGUUCACUGGAAAUUGAGGUUUAUACUCGAAUGCAUGCGGAAAGAGUUUCACUGGCUCAACAACGUGAAGUAUGAUAUGUGUGUCUGCUGCCCUGUCUGUUCUCGACCAGGGUCGGUAAAAUGCCGCGAUCAUGACGUGCGUGGAUGUGAGUGUCUACACUUCUUGUCAGAAUCUGAUUUGAGACAGCGUCAACAUUGUAACAGACAAGGACGCAGCCUUCUUGGGGAUCGCAGGAUUCGGGUCAAGCAGUUUGAAUGUUGGUUCUCAGGCGGAGAAGAAGGGGAUGAUGCUGGAAUACCCACGAAUCAGCAGGUGCAAGCUCUUCACACAACAAGUCAUGGAGGUUACCUCGGUGCGAAAGGCAUAUUUUCCAUAGAAGGAAAGAAACGGGAAGAUCUUGCGCUGCCCGAUAGUGUCAAAACCUCCAUCCAGUCCAUUCCACUCAACUCAGGAAGUGAUGUUAAGGACAUUGUGAUUCAGUUUCAAGAAGCUCUGCAGUUGGAACCAGCAUCUUUAAUCAGUCCAGAGCCAGAGACGAAAAGUGUGAUUCGUGGCCUCGCCUUGAGAGCUAAAUCUGAGAAACGGGAUGAUUUGGUGAGACACUUACGAGAGAUUACACCUGCUGGUACUACUGGACCGUUGUUGAAUGAGGAUAUGUCAGUUGGUUGCAUGCCACAUAAGCAAUACAAGGAUUUGACGUUCAGCCUCUCGGGUGGAGACGAGUGGAAACUGUUGGCAGAAAAGCUGGGUUUCUCCCAAAUUGAGAUUCGCUUUUUAGACAAUAGAGUUGUGAAUCCCUCAGACGUUGUCCUUGGCGCUGUGGGAAACCAUCGCCACCUGAGUAUUGGAGAAAUCUAUGACGCAUUGGUCGACUGCGAGUUACCAGCUAUUGCUGAUCUAAUGUAAUUAGAAUAUGAACAGCGGACAAAGAUGAGCCACACAGCAAGAAGCAGAAGCGAAAAGCAAGGUAGUGACCGACGACGUAUUAGCAAAACAUACAUGGAACAAUGUAAUUACUGAAAUUUUAAUCGAGGUGUUAGAGCCUCAACCUGUUUUAAACACCAUUUUAGCAGUUUUAUAGUCAUUUGCAAUUGCCUUUUUAUAAAGUAAAAAGAAAAGAAAUCAUAGAUCACAUUUGAAAUUAAGCCUUCAUUCAUCUAGCGGUCAGAUGACAGGCUUUCUUUAGUUUUCCAUUUGGAUGUUAUACUAGUUUUUUUAAUAUUUGAAUAAUUAUUUCUAUUAAUCUCCAUAUAAGACGUUUGUUACAUUGCAAAAAAUAGUACAGAGAUCUAAUCAAGCCUAAAAGCAGAGCUCCAGUUUGUUUUUUAUUUGUUUG